UUCAUAGCUAGUGUCAGUUGUGUUGAUACUGUCAGAGCUUUAAAAUCAAAGACUUGAGAAGAUCUAGCCCCGUAUGUGAAGAAGGAAAGGAUCCAAGACAAGACUGGAAGACUUCCACGAGUAAUCGUAAACCUCCUCCCAGGAAAAAAUGUUUAUGACCAAUCUCCUCAUAUGGAUCGCGCACACCUUGCAUUUUUUCUUUCGUCCUUUCAUCAUGAUUAUGAAUCUCAGGAAACGACCGAGAAUACCGCCGAUCAAGAAUCCUCUGUUAAAAAUAAGCGCCACUGAGUUAACGAGGAUGAUCAGAAAUAGAGAGAUUUCUAGCCAAACUAUAGUGGAAGUAUACAUACAGCGCAUCCAAGAGGUGAAUCCUUAUCUAAAUGCAGUGAUAGAGGAUCGUUUUGAGGCUGCCAUAAACGAUGCAAAGAACUGCGAUGAAAAGCUGAAAAGUGGAGAGGUCACUGCUGCAUAUCUGGAGAAAGAGAAACCGCUUUUUGGGCUGCCUAUUACUGUUAAAGAGAGCUGUUCCGUUGCAGGAAUGAGCUUCACUGUGGGGACGGUCCCCAGGAGAGGAAUGAAGGCUACGGAAGAUGGGGAAGCGGUACAAAUAUUAAAGAACGCAGGCGCUAUUAUCCUGUGCGUUACCAACGUCUCUGAAAUGUGCAUGGCGCCGCACGCGGGAAAUUACCUGUUUGGUUCGACGAGGAACCCGUACGACACGAGGAUGUCGCCUGGAGGAUCGUCUGGUGGAGAGGGAGCCUUGAUUGGCGCAGGAGCCUCCAUACUAGGGUUUGGUUCUGACUUAGCGGGUUCGCUGAGAAUACCGGGCCUGUUUAAUGGAAUAUUUGGCCACAAGCCUAGUUCAGGUGUAGUUCCUCAUGAGGGACACAUGCCCUGUAUGAAGGAUAAAACGAUGCAGACGAUAUUUUCGAUAGGUCCAAUGACAAGAUACGCGGAGGACCUCCCCUUGGCUAUGAAAGUGUUGAGCGUCAGGAGCAAAGUGCCAUUGACCUUGGACAAGCAAGUGAACGUGAAAUCUCUGCGAGUAUUUUACGUGAAUCGCUUCGAGAGCUUUUGUGGCGUGAGAGAACCCACGCCGGACUUGAUAGAAACCAUAAACGAAGCCAUACGUUACUUCGAGGAAAUCGGUGUAACGACUCGAAAGUUGCCGCAGGAGUGGGUACGCGACACAACGUCUCUCUACGCGGCCAUGACUCGCGAAAUGGUGCACGAAGAACCACUUGCUGACCCCCACAAUCCUGAGAAAGACGUACACCCGAAACUCGAGAUCUUAAAGGGAUUACUCGGUUUAUCAAAGUUCACGAUGGACCUAAUCAGGUUCCGACUAUUGAUACUGGCGCACGGAUUCAUACCGUUUUCUACGGUAGAACGAUUUAGAAAUAUCAGACUUCAGAUCAGUCGCAAUGUUAAUGAGCUGCUCGGUGAAGAUGGGGUAUUCAUAUGUCCCACGUUUUCCCAAACGACAAGCUAUCCAGGAUUGAUAUUUUUUCAAUUGGACAGCUGCAUGUACACCGCGUUCGCCAAUAUAAUGCUCCUGCCAUCGACUCACAUUCCAAUGGGAUUGAACUCGGCUGGACUUCCUGUUGGAUUUCAGGAAAUGGGAAGUCCAUGUAUUACGUGCAGAUCGGCAGUCCUCGUCUAACGUCAAUAAUUGACGAAUAAUGCUACCACCACAACCAUUACGCUUAGUCGAAUAAAGUUGCGAAAUUCUCAUCUGACAGUGAAUCGAUUACCUCUCGCUGCCGAAUUAGCCAUGGCCUCGAAAUGGAAUCGCGUCAGGCGGCUUGU